AUGAAGCUCCAUAUUACCCUAGCGUUAGCACCGCUUUUCUGUACUUCUGUGACCGCCUGGUUACUGUCUUGUCUUAGUCCUCCAGGGACGUUCACGCUGUAUGGGUUGUGUCGAUUCAGCGACAGUGACUCAUCAAAAGACUUUUAUUGCCUUUCUACCACUCCAUGCAGAAAAGAUGGAAAUCAGUGCUCCUCUGAUAAAGGCAACCGGGCUCGGUGUACUUAG